AUAUAGACUGUUACACUUAGUAUAUAUAUCUACUAGAACAUUUCAUAGUUCACCAUUGGUUCCACAACAACAAAGAUUUUAGUAUUGAAAUACACCUCAAGGAAAUGAAUCCAAAACUCACUGUGGCCAUAUUGGUAUUAAUCUGUUCUUUAGCUGAUGCAAAGGGUCGAGGCGGAGAAGGAGGCAGAGGCAGACCUGGCGGGGGAUCUGGUGGAGACUCAGCGGAUGAGGACAGCGGAGAGCGUGGCAAGGACAACAGAGACUUUUCCGACAGGUAUACCUGGGGAGUGGAAGUGGACGCUGCCAACGUAGUCCAACAAUUGGCUUUAGUUUCUAUAAAUGACAGUGUCGUCAUCACGAGAUCGGCUGAACUGCAGGCUCUGAACAUUUCAAGAUCCACCUCUGUCUAUGACUUCUCAAACAGCACUUCUAUUCUUGCGAUCGGAGUAGAAAACUAUUGUUUUCUCAUUCAAACCAGGCGUUCACUUGACGGCAUUGUCGACAUCCUCAAAACUUUGAACAACACCAACACCUCUGUGAAUCCCGCAUCCACACUAAACGGGGACACGACGCCUUUGACAGCUGCCGAGGUGCAGGAACUGUAUGCGUCUCACCGUGAUGUCCGCCAGGUCUGUCGUAGAGGAAGGCGUAACCUGGUCAUUAGAGCUGAACCUACGACAGAUCCUCAGGACAAUGUUAUACAAGUGGUCUCACUCACGGACCUCUUCCAGAUCUCUCGCCCGACACCACCCACUCGACCCCCUACUACACCACGUACAACUCCUCCACCAGCCGGCCGCCCUGGCAAAGGCGGACCUGGCGGCCGAGAUGGCCCUGGAGGUCGCGGAGGAAGACACUAAACUCAAGAGUUUAAAACAGAAUUAGCAUGACAAGUGUUUCUACUAUGUUUAAAUCUAAAAGGAUUUUAGGCUUUAGAUGUUCUUUGCAUUCAAACUAAAGUUUGUACUAAAGAAAUUAUACUGGAAAAUGUAAAAUGGCUGACUUCAAUAUUUACAAGGUUUCAACAAUAGGACAAGUUUUCAACCCAUAAGUUUGAUUUUUGAUUUUGCUGAAAAUCUCCGACAAGGACAAUUGAUAUUGACUGCAUCAAUAAAAAUGAUUUUGUUUUCAAUUCAUUAAAAAUACUAAAGCUAGUCCCUGUUUUAAAUUCAUUAAAGCUAAAGUUGGUCCUUAAUUUACUUAUAGUAUUUUAACUAAUAAUUUUCUUUGAAUUGAUCUUUGAUCUAUUUGUCUCUCUUUUAAUAUUUCUGUUGCUUUUAAUUUUCAAAACAAAGUAAUGCACCGAUUUUGGUUUGAUUUGUACAUUUGAUAGAUUUCAUAUCUAUUUUUCAAACAAAAUUAAAAUUACUGACUAUAUAAAAUGU